AUGGCGGCGCCAAAGUCCGCCACGGGUAUCUCGAUAUAUGCGGAGCUUUUGCCAAACAUACGACAGGUGUCUGUCGGGGCCGCCCUUCCCUCGCCCUCGGACGCGACGACAUCGGCAGAGGUUGUCGAUGAAGGCCGCCGUCUCCGCAUCUCUCACCAGGGCUGCUAUGAGGUCGUGGAUCUGCCCGCGACCGUCACGACGUCUGCAGCGCCCGCAGUGCCCAAGGCAGCUGGCUCAGAGCUGGGCUGGAGGCUGCCAGUGUCGACUGCCGAGGCCGGUGCCUUGCGCUCCGCACCCGAAAGCCAGGCCGUUCCGUGGAGCUCGGUUGACUUGAAGGCGGGUUCCCCCAUCAGCUGCAGAGGGUGCGGAAGCGGCUUCGUGCAGAGGGGCCAGGUCAAGGCAUGGCAAGACCUGCCGAGCGAAAACUGGGCUGAGAUGAUGGAGUUUUGGCACUGCCAUAAACCGCAUGACCACAGCAGCCCAGAGGACGAAGGGCUUGCAAAUAGGGGCUACGGGGCAAACAGUACCAUCACCGCGCGGCCAGGUAUCGGCUUCGUGGACAUAACCUUGUUCAUGCUCUCUGAAUCGGACUGCAACAAUCUGCUGUUUUCGUCCUCUUCCUCAGGGGCAUCAUUCAGCACCAGCGCCCAGGCCAUGGAAGACGAGCUGUCGACGAAAUAUGUGCACGUCCUCUGCCGCGGAUGCAGCGCAGAGGUUGGUCUGUACAGCCAGUCUGCGCUCUCCGUGACCCUGUUCAAGUGGCAGGUUUCUUGCAAGACUAUAGCGCCAAGCAGGAACCCGAGCGCUCCUGAAUGCCUAGCCUCGACUUUGCUUACGGCCAUCUCUCGCUCAGGAUAUGCCAAGUCGGUUGUUGCACCGCAUGCGUCAGAUGGACUUGACGUUCCGGCACGGGCGCUUCAUCUCUGGGUCUUGAACUCCAACGUUGUCUACACAUGUUCGGCGUUACAAGGCAAAACAGCAGCUAUGAAGAUAUUGUAUCGAGACAUUAGCGUAGACGAGGGCAACAAACUGGUGGACUCCGUGACGUCGGAUGUGCAAGAGAUCAACCUCCCAACGAGUGUCGUCGAAGCAGCCCGAGAAGCACUGAAGUCGAGCACCAUCCUCAUACCAGAGCGCGAAAGGUCGCUCAAGGGCUGGAGCGCCGGUCUCUUGCAGCGGUGGAGUUUAGAAAUUUGA